AGGUGAUGGACCCGCCACCCUUCAACUUCAAUUCAUCAGCAAAUACCUCGGUUAAACCUCCAACAGCUCCCAGCGCUUUUGGAUCAACAAUUCCUAAACCGUUUGGCUCGUUAUUCUCAAAGACAUCUUCACUCAAUCAGAAUACAAAGUCAGAUGCUAUAAAACAUGGAGAUGCCCCGGCUUCGACAAGUUCGCUCGCCAGCCGUCUCACGGUUCCUUCAACGAGCAGUUUUCCUUUAAAAGGAUCCGGAGACACAAAGGUACCAAAUUUACGAGAAGGUGAAUUUGCUAUUCGACCUCGACAACGAAUGAUACCACCAGCUGGAGCAAACUCACUUUUUCGACGACCACGUGAAGGAACACCUGAUGGAUCUGAAAACAGAAAUACAAAUUUUCAAAAAAAUCUAAACGAUAUAAAAUCAGAAGCUCCACUGGGAAAAGUGAAUUUCAGUCAAUUUGGACGAAAGGAUGAGAUUAAAAGUUUCUUUGGGAGAGCAAAACCGAAAAUUGAAGAGGAAUCAAUAGAUGAAACAGAUCAUGUUAUUAAAAAAGAAGCUCCUCCCAGUAUGUUCGGCGUUACAUUAGCAGCUCCUAAAGGAUUCGGAUCAAUUUCUAGUUUAACGGAGAAACCCAGUUCUUCAAUAAAAUCAUUUGGAUCAUGGAAGCCUUCGAGUCGAUCGUCACCAGCACCACCAGACACCCGUCAGAUCGAGCCUUCCGGAUUAGAAGAAUCAAAAUUAAUCGAAAAACUUGCAAUGCUGAAAGGCAAACAUUGCCCUGAUGAUUUCGAAAAAUAUCAAAUCUUUGUCAAAAGGGACGGAUUUCUUUGUCAGUUGCGAGAAAUCAAUAGUCCUGUGAUAAGAAAUCUUGAACGAUGUGAGGAGAUGUGCACAGAGAAAGAACGAUAUCAGAGAAUUGUCCAAAAAGGAGUUUCUCCGUAUGAAUGUGAUAUUGUGAGUGGUGAUGUUUCCCAUGAAAUGAUGGUUAAACAGUAUGCACGAUCAGCUGCAGAUCAGGAAAGACCAUUACCACACGAAUUACGAUCGGAGAAGAUUAUGAAUCAAACAACAUGCUAUUUGCUACACAAUGUCCUCGACGAUUUCCCAGAUUCAGCUGAUCAACGCGGUGCUUGGUACAAUUUCCUAUGGAAUCGAACACGAGCAUUGAGAAAAGAAGUGACACAACUAUCGCUUUCCGACACGUUGGCCUUGAAUCUUGUAGAGCGAUGCACACGGCUUCAUAUUCUUUUUGGAUAUGUUCUAUGUGAUCUUGGAGUGGAACAAUUCGAUCCUGCAAUGAACAACGAAACGCUCGGAAAAUGCCUACAAACUCUGCGGCAUUUAUACGAGGACUUUGAAAAACGUGGUAUUUCCUGUGAGAAUGAACCGGAAUUUCGAUCGUAUGAUGUGAUGCUUCAUAUGAAUGACACAAAUGUUCUGGCACAAGUACUAGCUUAUAGAAGUGAAGUUCGUCAAUCUCAACCCGUUCGACUUGCUCUUCAACUUGCAACUGCUUUUCGUGAUAAUAACUACUUCCGAUUCUUCCGCUUGCUUCAAACUCAAGCAUCUUAUCUUCAAUGUUGUGUAGCACACAAGCUGUUUGCUGUAACACGCAGCAAUGCAAUACGUAUAAUGUCAAUUUCCUAUGGAAUAGGAAAUAUCCCAUACCCACUUGAUAAGCUUCAACGUAUCCUUGGAUUUGACAACACUGAAGAUUUGACAGUAAUGUUGAACAUUUAUGAAUUAGAAAUAGAAGGAAGCGAUGUGAUAUUAGCAAAGGAUGCAAGAUAUACAUUGAAUAAUGUUGUUCCUCUUAAACCAAAUCAAUGGAUUGAUGAGAAAAAAAACGGGAAAUUAAGUCAAGUUGUCUAUGGUCCUGGAUUAUUCCAAUUCAUUGCGUCUCGCUGUGAUGUCUCCAAUUCGUUCAAUCAUCGAAAUGAGUAUACAAAUGAUAAAAUACUGGAAAUGAUACUCAGUGGAUCAGAUAUUCCUAUUAGAAAUAACACAUCCUCAGCCUCAUUCGCACAAUCGGCAGGGUCGCUGCCAAUGCAAGCUUCAAUGGAAAAUAGAGAGAAAAUGGAAGUGGAACGGUUAAAGAGAUUGGAAUUAGCAACAAGAGAAAAGUUGAUCCAAAAACUGAUGACAGGAGUGAUAGAUCAAGUUAUUCAUGGAAUUGCAAAUGAAGAAACAAUGAAAGCAAAAAUUGUCCGAAAACAAAUGCUGGCCAUUGAAAAUGCACGAAAAUUGAAAGAAGAGCAGGUUCGGUUGGAAAAUGAGAAGAAACUAAAACGAAUUGAACAAGAGAAGAAUAUUGCAAAGGAAUUGGUUUUGAAAGUUGAAAAGGAAAUAUCUGAGAAUGCGUUGAGAAUGAUUAUUGACGAUGAAAUUAGACGAGAACGAAGAGAACGGGAACGGAAAAUGGCUCAUGAAAUUGUCGGGAAAUUUUGGAGAGUUGUUCUAAAAUCAGUUGAUAAUCAUGUAAAAUCGAUUUGUAUCGAGAUGGUUAACGAGAAGGAGACUAUAAGUGAAGGACUUGAAAUAUUUAGAGAACGAGUAUCGAGGCAAUGGCUGCUACAGUUUUGGAAUCGAUGGAGAGACUGGGUUCAAAUGAAAAAGGCGGCAAAACUGAAAAGAAUUGAGAUGAUUAGAAGAUGUGUUCCGAGAUGGGAAUCUGAAGAAAUUUCUCUCAAUCUCGUCAAGAAAUACGGACCAACAAACACCCAAAAAUCUCCAAUCUGCCCAAUUCUCAAUCGACCUUCAAAUCAUAUUCAAGUAAUAAUGUUCAAAAGAAGACGCCAACAUCGUAUUGUUAAUGAUAUGUUUCAAAAAUGGAAAUCGUAUACUAAGAAGCGAAAGGCGUUGAAGAGAAUAGCAGAAGAGAAGCAGAAACGAGAGAAUGAAUUCUUUUCGAGAUUCAACAAAUGUGCACUGAUUGAGACAAGAUUCAAAUUCGAUGCUCCUGAUGAUUGGAUGAAGAUAAAGAGAAGAAGAAGUGAUAAUCAUCAGCUGAAUAAAAAACCUGUGAAUGAUUCACAAAUAACGGUCCACUCUCCGGAUACAUCAAUUUCCAUUGCCCGUAGACAUCUACAAGACUGGGAACCUGAGGCUGUACUCCCAACUGAGCUGAAGGAAAAGAUCAAAAGAAAACGGGAAUCGUUCGAAAAAGUUUUUGAAGAGCACUCAAAGAAGAAGAAACAAGAUGAAGAAUUGAUAAGUAAUGAAGCAAAAGCAAACUCUGUUCAUAUGAAACAGGUGUCUGUAGAAGCAGAUGCUCUUCUCGAUGAAACACUCCGAUACACAGCAGAGCUUGAAAGGAUGAUGGCUGAAGUCAGAUCGAGACGUGUCGAUGAAUUGUGAAUUUGAGAAGCGGGUGUCUCUCCAAUCCCAAACCGAUGAUAAUCUUUCCGAUUUACUGUAUUAUUAUUUUUUAAUUCUUGUUUGGUUCUCAACAAUUUUUAUUACGAAAAAAUAUUUUCUUUU